AUGACCCAAGCAUUAUCAGAUAGUACAAAUCAAGAAUAUUUUGCCAGACCAAUGGGUGUUUUAGUUGAAGCAGUGCAAGGAAAUCAGAAAACUCAAACAACAAUCAGUGCAACAAAUUCUGUGGUGAAUGGUCCUACUCAUCCAUUGUCUAUGAGCAUUUUAGAUUCUCUUACUGUGCAUACUAAAAUGAGUCUCAUUCAUAAUAUUGUAACACACGUAAUGAAAUUAGGACAGACUAAAACAUCUCUUUCUCUUGCUCCUGCUCUUGUUGAAACAUACAGUAGAUUACUUGUUUACAAUGAAAUUGAAUCACUUGGAAUUAAAGGAUUUAUAAGUCAUUUACUUCCUAAUAUAUUUCGUAGUCAAGCAUGGGGUAUCCUCCACACAUUGUUAGAGAUGUUUAGUUAUCGUCUGCACCACAUUCAGCCUCACUAUAGAGUACAGUUAUUAAGUCACCUCCAUAGUAUGGCUGCUGUGCCUCAGACUAACCAAACUCAAUUACAUUUAUGUGUUGAAAGCACUGCCCUUAAAUUGAUUGCAGGAUUAGGUAGUGCAGAAGUACAACCACAGUUAUCAAGAUUUCAAACAGAACCCAAACCACUUUUAUCGGGAGAGUCUGAAGAAUUGAAUAAAGUAUUAAUAUUAACAUUGGCUAGAGCUAUACAUAUAACAGCUAUGAGUAAUGAAAAUGACAUCAUUUCUCAUUUUUCAUUGCAAGGCUCUUCGCCAUUAUUUUUAUGUUUACUUUGGAAAAUGUUACUUGAAAAUGAUCGCAUCAGUCCCCUUGCUUACAAAAUUUUGGACCGUAUUGGUGCAAGAGCUUUGUCGAGUCAUCUUCGAACAUUUGCAGACUUUUUAGUAUUUGAAUUUGCUAAUUCUGUUGGUGGUCAACAUGUCAACAAGUGUAUUGAUGCUUUGAAUGAUUUAAUUUGGAAAUGCCAUGUAAUUACACUUGAUAGAUUAAUAUUGUGUCUGGCCCUUCGUAGCUUUGAAGGGAAUGAAGCGCAAGUAUGCUUUUUCAUUAUUCAGAUGUUACUUGUGCGUCCAAAUGAAUUCAAAAAUAGAGUUUAUGAAUUUGUAAGAGAGAAUUCUCCAGAACAUUGGCGCCAAUCUAAUUGGCAUGAGAAGCAUUUAGUAUUUCAUAGAAAAUAUCCUGAGAAGUUUUAUUUUGAAGGAUUACAGGAUCUGAGUGCACAGAGCAGUCAACACACUUAUCUUCCUGUUUAUUUUGGAAAUGUCUGUCUUCGUUUCUUACCUGUAAGUUAUUUUCACUACAUAUGUAUUUUGUCUAAUGUAAUGCGAAUUGUUACUCUUAAAAAUAAGAAAAAUAAUUCUCCAGAACAUUGGCGCCAAUCUAAUUGGCAUGAGAAGCAUUUAGUAUUUCAUAGAAAAUAUCCUGAGAAGUUUUAUUUUGAAGGAUUACAGGAUCUGAGUGCACAGAGCAGUCAACACACUUAUCUUCCUGUUUAUUUUGGAAAUGUCUGUCUUCGUUUCUUACCUGUGAUGGACAUAGUGAUUCAUCGAUUUCUUGAACUUCCAUCAGUUUCAAUGUCAGUAGAAACUCUGCUGGAUCAACUGGGUUGUUUAUACAAAUUUCAUGGUAUGUUUUCUUUUUUUCACGGCAUUCUUAAGGAGGUGAGAUCUAAAUCUGCCACUCACCCUGCUCCACCCACUGUUGCUUCUCCAAUAACUCCUGUUUCCUACGCGGAAGCCACAAAAAUCAAUGUAAAACCCAGUUCUACAACAUUGGUCAUUAAUAGAUCCCUGAAGAAUAAGAUCAAUAACGAAGGCUCAGGGGGCAGCUUUGCUCUCUUGCUUUACCCCAAAACAGAUGAAGAAGGACUGUUAACUAAAAUGAAUCAAAUCGAGAGUGAGAUUAAGAAGAGGAUCAAACUACAAGAAUUAAGAACUGAUAGUCAAAAAGAAGCAGAGAUACUUUCUGAUGCCAUUAAUGAACACCCAGACAUAGUGGACAAAGUACGUAGUAAAAUCUCCGAAGGGCGCAGACCACAGGUUAUUCUCACUAAUGUCCCAAUCUCUGUCGAUGAAGCAGACAUCAUCCCUACUAUUUUUACCCAAAAUGAAAUUUUUCAAUCAAUGACAAAAGAUGAAUUCACCUACUCCACCAGAAUCAGCACUGUCUUAUUUAGAAACAAUGCCAGAGAAAACUGUUGGCAUAUAGUACUCUCGACCACCCCCAGGAUCAGAAAUAUUCUUGUCAGAACAAAACACAUUGCGAUUGAAUGGGCUAAAAUAUAUGUCAAUGAUUAUAUCUCGUUGGUUAGAUGUUUCCAAUGUUGCGGAUAUAAUCAUCUAUCCACUAACUGUCCUAACAGACAAAGAUGUAGUCACUGUGGAAAGGUGCAUAGAUUUAGCGACUGUAGGAGACUAGAAAACCCACCCAACUGCAUAAAUUGCAGAACUGUUAACAAAGAACUACUGGAGUAUGACAGAUACGAUACAACUAAUAAUGCGUUCAACCCACAAUGUCCUAUUACCAUUAAAAUGAAAGCCCAGACCAUCCGACAGACGAAUUACGGGUUUAGGCAGAAACAGAGUGAAUUGAGGCUUCUUCAAAUCAAUCUUCAGAGAUGUAAGGCCACAGCUACUGACUCCUUUCAUCAAGCCACUCAAAGGAUGAUAGAUUUAAUGUCUAUCCAGGAACCUUAUACUUUUAACAACAAUAUUGCUAUGUUUGGAAACUUUCGUACCAUCUAUUUACACGACCAUAAUAACUCUCCUAAAACAGGCUUUCUAAACUGGAAUCCUGGUGACAUUGUCAACAUUACGGACAGAGCAGGCAUUGAUAAGGUGGUCAACGAACUACAUAAUGUAAUACAACGAGCCUACUCUCAGUCCACCACUGUAAAGACGGUCAAAUGUACUGCCCCAUGGUGGAAUCAGGACCUUACUAACCAAAGGAACACUCUGAGGAAAGUGAAAAAGAGGCUUCGGAAAGAACAUGACCUCAAUAAAAAGCAAGAAAUCCGCAAUGAGUAUACUACCCUCUUUAAAAAUUACAAAACUGCCAUUAAUAAGGCGAGAUCUCAGGCUUGGAAAGACUUCUGUUCCAAAGUUGGAAACAAGAACCUAUGGAGUACUCCCUAUUAUGUGGUCACUGGCAAAAAGAAAAAAUUACAGAUUCCACCUUCUAUCAGGAUUAACAACGAUGAAUACGCUAGCUCUAUCACUGAGACCUACAGACAUAUCAUUCAUGAGCUGUUCCCAGAUGAUCGACUCGACCAAGACGAUCAAUAUCAUAAGGACAUCAGGGCCAACAUCGAAAAAGACUAUCACACUAUAAAUGAUACACCAUUCACUAUGCUGGAGAUUGACAGAGAAUUCCGGAGGUUAAAACUGAAGAAAGCCCCAGGCCCAGACUAUAUUACUGCCAAGAUGGCCAAGAAUGCAUUCCUGGCAAUUCCUACAACCUUUUGUACUCUGUUCAACAAGUGUCUUGACAUCCACUACUUUCCUACUGCCUGGAAAAGGGCAUCCAUAAGAUCAACAUCAGCAAUAUGUGGAAAUUCACCAUUUCCACACACAGAUUGGAGAUUUAACGAAUUUCCGAAUCCUGCCGCCCAUGCUCUACAUGUUACCUGCAUAGAAUUGAUGGCACUUCCUCUUGCGGCCAAUACUGUCGGGAAUGCAUUGUUAGAUGUGAUACUGAAAGGGCACACAGUUCUUUCUCGAUCUAAUAUUGAAUCUUGGAUGAAUGCUGUAGCUUUAGUCUUGACUGCUCUUCCAGAAUCUUACUGGUCUGUUCUUCAUGAUCGAAUUCUAGAAGUAAUUCAGAGUCCUCUGCUUUCCAUGCCUCUUCCGGACAUGGAUCCUUUUCAGGUAUUUGACUUUUCGAAGAGUCACUGCACCAUGACCGAGGUGCAGUGCAGCCAUCUCAUCGCAUUAACACAUGCCAUCUGGUAUCACGCCAGCGUGGGACAAAUAAGUGCAGUACUCCCAUUCAUGAGAGAGAAAUUAAAGCCUGUUAUCAAGACUGAAGAACAGCUGCUGUUCCUCUGCCAUUUAGUUGGACCAUUCUUGCAGCGUUUUCAGGGUGAAAGAUCUCGAUGUAUAAAGGAGGUGACAAUAGAGUUGUAUGAAAUGCUCGAAUUAGUGAGUAAAAAUUACGACCAGUUAAAGUAUAUGGAAGCCAUUUGUGAUUUACUUUAUCACAUUAAAUACAUGUUUACCGGAGACGUUGUUAAAAAUGACGUGGAGCGCAGCAUCCGGACUCUAAAGCCAAAAUUACAAAUGAGGUUGCGAUUUGUAACUCACCUGAACAUAGAAGAAGUUACCGUCACGUAAAAAUUUUUUAUAACAGAAGAAACAUAUAAAUAACAAUUGCAACUUGAUAUAUUUUGUAAAAUGUGUACACAGUCUUGAAAUAAAAAUUUAUAAUCAUGAGCAUUUAAAUUAGCUUUUUGUUAUGAAUUCAAUCAAAAAACAAAUAUAUAAUUAUUUGUUGAUUAACAAAUGAAUGUUCUGUUAGUGAAAUCUCCAGGCUUGUUUAUUAUAGAUGCAAGGUAUUCUAAGAAAACAAACAUUUUAAAUAUGCACACCUGAGAAAAUAAAACUUGCAUUCUUUUAAUUGUAAGAUAUAAAGUAGUAAUUCAAAAUAUUUCUCCACAUUAUUGAUCAUACAUAGUUCAUAUUUCUAGAAAGUGUUGUUAACACAUGGAAAAAUUUGUUUUCAAAGACUUUUUCCUGCAACAUUCCAUCUAUCACAAAUUUGUAACCAUUUUUUCCCCUUUUAUUAUCCAUCUUGUUUUCAGCCUUCUGUCAACUGCAAGCCAAUAACCAACAAUUACAUUGUAAGUUGCUAGAAUCUCCAAAGAGGAGAAUAUUUGGGUAAUGUUCUACAACAUACAUAUUUUUUUGUAUUGGCAACAAAACAUUAUUAGGGAGUGAAAUGAACUGUUGAAGUUGGAUGUGUCAAGUGGCAGUUUUAGUUUUGUGUAGAAACACAUGCCAAUCUGAAUGAUACUACUACUACUACUGUUACAAGUAUUGCAAUUUCUUGAUGUUAUAAUUAGCUGUAAUUACAAUUGAAGUUGAAAACUGGUAUGCAAUUUAGAAGGCAUAUGGUCAGACAUUAUUUCUCUCUAUUACUUUUGAUUUAUUUUUGUUAGAAAUUCACUGCACAUAUAAUUAUAAAAUAAGCAAAAUGAGAUGGAACCUCUAAACUACAUUCAAUAUAAAAAAUAACAACAACGAGCAAUUAUUUAUUGUGACAUUGUCACAAUGCCAGGCUGCACUUUUUAAU